UAGCACUUAAUCACAUACCACUCUCAACCAUCCUACCCUAUGCUCCUCACCUUUGACAAAGCAAUGACAACCCCUAUCAACUGAUCAACGGUUAAUAUGAACCCAUCUAGAACACUUAGUAAUCCCGCUUCCACAUUAUUUAAACUUCUCCGUAUUACCAUAUUGAUAUAUUUGCUUUCGAGUCAGAUUAUAUCUGGAGGACAAAAGCAAGAAGUAAGCAGUGCUGCAUUGGCAGCGAAAUAGAUUUGAGCAGCCUUUUGACCGGAAAAUCAAGACAUCCACCACCACUACCACCGCUGUGCCGCUGCCACCUGCACCAUCAAAAGUUUAUUACACUUUAAAAUAAAUUCAUGGCAGAUCCUCACUUACAAAUAGACCAACAAUCUCGCCCUCCUGUCCAUACCCCUCUUCUUCCUCCAACUCAUAAUAACACCGACAACCACCACGACGGCCGCCGCCAAGAUCAAGAAACCGAUCUCGAUCAGGCUCUUGAAGGGUUAGAGACAUUUCUUACCCUUCUGGGUUUCAACCAGUCUUCUGUUCUGAGCUUUCUUCUUUCUUGGACAGUGUUUAUAUUGAUAGGUGUGUCGCUUCCUGUUAUGAUACUGGAGUUGUCUAAAUGUGGUGGCUGCGAAAAGUACCAGAUUAAGGAUUUUGAACUCGAUAUCGUUGCAUCUCAAGCGUGUUUAGCGGCUGUUUCUUUGGCUUGCCUUUCUCAUAGUCUACGCAAGUAUGGCAUAAGAAAGUUUCUGUUCCUUGACCGCCGUAGCGGCCCUAUUAUGGCUCGCUUUGGCCACAAAUAUGUUCAACAGAUGAAGGACUCUUUACGUUUGCUGAUCCUCUGGUCGCUGCCAUGUUUCAUUCUGAAAGUUGUGCGAGAGGUCAUUCGUGUAUUAUACGUGCAGCAUGAAUCAUGGUGGUUGUCUGCCGCUAUUUUGUUUGGUUUGAUUCUAUCUUGGGGUUAUGUCAGUACAAUAUCUUUAUCAGCCAGCAUUCUAUUUCAUCUAGUUUGCAAUUUACAAGUUAUUCACUUCGAUGACUAUGCUAAGCUUUUGGAAAGAGAAUCUGAUGUUUUGGUAUUUAUAGAGGAGCACAUUCAUCUCCGUUAUCACCUCUCUAAGAUAAGCCAUAGAUUCCGAAUUUUUCUUCUUCUGCAGUUCUGUGUUGUUACAGCUAGCCAAAUCGUGACGCUUUUCCAGACCACAGGAUAUAGUGGAAUAAUUACUGUUAUAAAUGGGGGUGACUUUGCAGUAUCUUCAAUUGUUCAAGUAGUUGGAAUAAGUAUUUGUUUGCAUGCUGCCACGAAAAUAUCCCACAGAGCCCAAGGUAUUGCAUCUAUAGUGAGUAGAUGGCAUGCAUUGGCAACGUGCAUUUCAAGUGAUGCAUCUCAUCAAAUGAGAGUUUCGAAUAGUACGGGGAACUUGGAAGCUGCAAAUCAACUAAACUCACUACAUUUAAGCUAUUCUGAAAGUGAUUUGGAGUCGGUGGAUUAUAUUGCAAUGCCUACAAAUACACAGUUGGCAUCCAACAUGUCAUCAUAUCACAGAAGGCUAGCCUUUGUAUUGUAUCUGCAAAACAAUCCUGGAGGAAUCACUAUAUUUGGUUGGACGGUUGAUCGUGCAUUAAUAAACACAAUCUUCUUCAUUGAACUUACUCUAGUGACUUUUGUGCUUGGAAAGACUAUAGUAUUCACUUCUAAAUGAUUAAUUUCCAGGCCAGAGUUCACACUUAGAAGAAAAUCUUUCAAGGUAUCACUUUUGUCAUCGAUAAGAUCAAGCAAUCUGGCUCUUCAAUAUUGCUCAGAGGUUCCCAUUUCUGGUUAUUUUGAUUAAACACCUUAACCAUUGAAGUGGUGAAUAAGAAGGUUACCAUAUUGUCUAGCAUAAAAGGGUAAGAGCCAGAGAGAGAGAGGAAAUCCCUUGUAAAGCUUGGAAAAAAACUCAUACCUAUGUACAUGGCGUUUUUGUUUCAUGUUA